UUUGUACUGAGUGUAUAAAUCAAGGUCUGUGCCUGAAAUAGGGGAGGAGCCUAGCGCUAAAGUAACUGUGGUGUCGAUGUCCCACACGUCUCUCCCAUCCAGAAUGUCGAUUUCACAUUUGUGGGGAAACAACACAACUAACUCUCGCGACCAAUAUAUUAUGUAUAUGAGCUUGCCAAUGACAACACCAUCACCUUCUGGUUCAUAUCAUGAAAAUAUCGUAAGCGACGAGCAGUUCCAUAUUAUCAAAGUAGUUAACGUUGUGGUCAUCUCUGGUGUCCUUAGUCUGUUCGGCGUGGCCUCCAACAUCAUCAACAUUGUGGUGUUUGCCAAGCAAGGCUUUCAGGACAGCAUGAACAUCAGCCUCAUGGGGCUUGCUGUUUCUGACCUGUUCUCCCUUCUGACCACGACAUUGCAAAGCAUCUGCGUGAACCCACUCUUCUACAACUCUGAGCUGCCCUUUGACCCCAGGGACAUCUUGUACCUCACGGCAUCCGUGCCUCAUUACCUCUUUGUCAAAAUCGCCACUUUUAUCACCGCCUUCAUCGCCUUUGAACGAUGUCUGUGUAUCGCUGUCCCUCUGAAGGUGAAGACGAUCAUCACACGGGGAAGGACAAAGACAAUUAUUAUCUUCAUCUACAUUUCAAUGUCCCUUUUGAUUAUCCCCUUCUGCCUUGGAAACAGACUUGAGUGGGUUUUCGAUUUCAACAAGAAUGCUACUGUGCUAAAAACCACGUUUACGGCCGAGAGAGAAAUGCUAGAAGCCAUUACGUUUCUCACCCAAGGCGUAUUUGCUACGACGUUUUCUUUCGUCUUCGUCCUCUGCUGUACCAUCGUUCUUAUCGUCAAACUCAACAGUAAAACAAAAUGGCGGCAGGCCACAGCAGCCAAGUCUGAUCGUGCAGCGGGAGGAGUUGGGGUCAAAGAUCAAAAGGUUGUAAAAAUGGUGACCUUGAUCGCUGUCAUUUUCAUUGCUUGCUCUUUACCUUCCACGCUCCUGUUUCUCUACAUGGUGAUUGACACAGAUUUCAGAAUUGAUGGUUUCUAUAUAAAUCUCUAUCAUGUCCUUUGGUCUUUAGCAUUUCUAACAGAAACUACCAACUCCAGUGUGAAUAUAUUUGUGUACCUGAAAAUGAGUUCAAAAUACCGAGCAGUGUUUAUGAAAAUAUUUUUGAACAAGCAGGAAAAAUAA